GUGGUCGAUUGGAUACGAGCCAAAACUGCCCAACCGUAAAGAGUGCAUUUAAACAAUCUAAAACAGCCUGCAACCUGCACAAAAGUUCUCCUGUGACCAUGGCCAAUAUCCGACCGCUGGCACCCGAACUGGCCCAAGUGGCCAGAGAGCAGCUCAAUGAGGUGGACUCUGAUGUGGUUACCAAAAUCCAGGCGCUGCGCAACUGGCUGAAUCAGGAGGAAUACAUUGAGGCGCGGACCGAUGAUCAGUUCUUGGUGGCCUUUUUGCGAUUUUGUCACUGGGAUCUCGAGGAGGCCAAAAAGCGGAUACUCUUCUACUAUACAUACAAGACCAAAGAGCGUGAGCUGCUCAAGAGUCGUCUUGUGGACGACAAGCUUCUCGAGCUGGCCCGAUCUGGAAUAUUCACCUCAUUGCCCAAUCCUAUUGGCCCUGGUGGCCCUCGCAUUCACUUUACUCGCAUGGGUCACAUAGAGCCCUCCAAGCACAGUGUCAGCGACAUAUUCCGAUUCCAUGCCUUCCGUGCCGAAAUCGAGAUAAAUACGGACGACAACUGGAACAUAGCCGGUGUGGUGGAGAUCAUCGAUUUCACCAAGAUCCCCUAUUCUCUGGUACUGCAGUUCGAUGCUGGCAUGUUUAAGAGAAUGAACGCCUUCCUGGAGCAUGGCAUUCCCGCGAAUUUAGUGGCCACACACAUUGUGAACGCCUCCAGGGAAACGCAGUUUGUUUUGGGAUUGGUCAAGGGUGUGAUGAAACAAAAGGAGUUGCUACACAUCCAUCCAAACUUAGAUUCACUGCAAAAGGCUAUUGGCAAGGAAUACCUACCCGUGGAGAUGGGCGGCGAGAAUGGUUCCCUGGCGAAUGGUCCGUCUUGGUACGAGACUCAGUUCAACAGCUUUUCAACAUACUUCAGGGAGGACGAGAAAUACGUGGUCGAUGAAAAGUUGCGGGCAGCUUGCGAGAGGGAUCAGGAGAAGCCACCACCUCUGGUAGGUGGUUGCGUGGCCAACGAGGGAUCCUUUCGCAGGCUGAACAUUGAUUGAGACGUGAAAUCGCAGCCCGGGAAUUUAGAUGUAUAUUCCGAUGCAUACACCUUAUAUACAACCACACAAACACACACAGAACGGUCCGGUACAUAUAUAUACAUAAACUAAAUGUAUAGAAACUAAAUCGCUAUAGGGAUCUUUGGUCAUAGCAGAACCUGAUAUUUUAUAAAACGGAACCAUAAAAAAAAGCAACAUCGAAACUAAAAGCAACUUGAACAAUAUUAUAAAAAGUGCACACUAAAUACGGAAAAGAAAAACCAAGAAAAUGAAAUGCCAUCAAAUGGCUGCAAAAACCUCACAUUAUUGUCGAUUAUAAUUUAUUGUUGUUAUCAACGCACAUACUACACCUACAUAUAAUACUACAUAACAUUCUAACGUCCGACCGUGGGGGGGCCUACUUCAAAGGUCUCCCCUCGAUUUAUCCUUCUCCAUUUAAAACAACGCAUUUUCAUAGCGAAACCUCGACGUCUUCUAUUUGCGUGCUAAGUUGUUGUUGGCUUUUAUUUAAACGGUACAUGAUACAUAUACGCAUAUAUAUAUUUUUUCGAUAAUUUUUUCGUUAGUUAAGUGUCGUUUCUACUAAUUUUUGAUACUAGUUUACACAUAUACAACAUACAUCUAUAUUUAUAGAUAAAUACAAACAUAUGUAGUUAAAAUACCUACAGUUUAAAAAAUGACAGUGUAUUGUAGAGUCCCAAUGUUGAGUGCGUUAAUAAAUUAAAACGAAUUUGUUUAAAUGUCGGUAUGAGUAAAAA